UUUACAAAUGCUUGCCCGCCCCUUAUACUGAUAGUAUGUAAGCUAAUGUUUGUUGUUAUUUGUUUCUUUAACUUCAAAAACGUCGACAUACCCAAACAAAAUGGAGUCAAAGGGACGCUCGCUUCAUGCCCAGGCUGGCACCUCAGUAGAUAUGACACGGAGUGUAGAGGAAGAGUCUUUGGUGGAUGGACCUCUGAUCUCCGCUGACGCCCUCCACUCUGCCAUCAGGAGACAGUUUCAGACCGUACCAACACACUGCCAUGCCGGCCUGCUGUCUCUGCUGCAUAUUGUGUAUGUUGUGUUGUCAGUGUGUGUGUCAGUGUUGUGUGUGUUGAAAUUUGGCCAGGCAGAGGUGUGUGCGAGUGUUUUGCAUAAUGUGUCAGGUGACAGUGUCAUUGUGUAUGGGAAGGUGUGUUUGUGGGUGCUGGUGCUGGUGUUCACUCGGUGUAUGCAGCACCAUCACAGUCAAGCCAGAAGGAGAGGGUACCUGCGAUUCUACAGAGAGACACAGGGACUGAAUCACCUGCCACUCUCCAUUCACUCUGCAGGGAAUGUUUUGCUGUUGGUUGUUCUGGCUGCUAGAUUAUCACCAAAAGUGCAAGCAUACUUGCUGCUCAGCAUCCUGGGGUUGGAACUCUUGGUGGCAUUGCCAUGCCAGCUCUAUUACACAGUCAAGGUGAUGCGGUUCAAUAGGGAACAAGCUGCACCAGAUGUGAGCCAAGAAGAGCGUUCGCACACCUACAGUGUCACGAGUCUGCCAACUGAGACCGGCUUCAGAGAGGGCUCUAGUCUGGAGGAGGUGGUGGAGAGGCAGGCCGACCUGAUAGAGUACCUGAAACAGCACAACACCUCACUGAGCAAGAGGCUGCUCAACCUCACUGCUCAGCACUGACCACAGCCAGGCCUCCUCCUUCCUGUGAGCCAGCCGACACCCUCUCUGGAGAAGACAGCGCUGUGGGGAAAGAGCCUGAUCAUUUUAACACUCCGAGAGGGGAUCUCUUUAAAAGAAAGGAGCAAAGCCACGACAAACACUGGAUGAAAACCUAAAGUAAGCAAAUGCACCUGUAUGCACUGACUGAGACAGGAGGGCAUCUCAUCUGAGAUGGACAGAUAACGCAGGAGGAGGUGAGCUGAAAGUGGAGGACAGUUAAAGAAGAGAAGUGGGAGGAGGAGUCAUGGGUCGCAGAUCAGAGGUGAGGGGUUUUUAUCGCUCUUUUAUGACCCCCGGUGACCCGUGUAUGCUGCCGCUUCUGUUACUGUGAGAGCAACGGAGGAGGUGAAAUUAUUUUAGAGAUCAUCUGCACUAAGGAGGGACUGAAAGAGGAGAUACAAGAGGGGGGAUAUCACUUUUCAGGGUCAAACUAGAGAAAGAGAUCAAAUAACACUGUAAAAUGUCUCUUAAGUGUUAUUUUUGUAAAUAUGUGUAAUGUGUGUAAAUGCGUUAUU